UGGAAGAAAUCAAAAAAAAUCAAGGAGAAGGGGGGGGCUUUCUCUUGAUCAUUAUUCUGUAAUACCCGUACGGUAAGGUACUGUGCCUGUGCUGUGCUCCUAAGUACAAGUACUGUCGUAAUAUGGUUACAAUAUGAUUCCGCUACGUUGCGGUAGAGUGCCCGGUACCUAUAACGAGCGAAAUGGUAUGAUACGAGUACAGUACAGUACUAGUUAUAACCACCAACGGCAGUCCAAAGUCAAGAAUUCGCGGGACAUUGUAAAGAGUCGGGGUACAGUACAGUGCCAUACCAUUACCGCGUCCGCGUCCCAUGCUUUUUCGUAUAUAUGUAUGCUUCAUACCUUUUUUCCCCUCGCCAUGGGCAUGAUACAAUAUUCUAACAGUGCUUGGACAGCGAGCACAAGUCCGUACACCUGCGUUGAUUUUUUUGGUGGUUGGCGCGAAUUCCGGUCUCGAGGUCGUCUGGACGGGGUACGAUACUGUGGCACAGUGCUGUGCUCGUUGUUGGUAUGACUUAUUCUUUUCUUUUUCGUGGUAUAGUGCCCGGCCCCCUUGAGGAACGGGGCUUGCUGUCGAUUGCAUGAAUGAAUGUACUCGAGUACGUAUCUACAUAGACGGGAACAUAAAUUGGACGGUGCUGUACCCGUUUCUCGUCUUACAGGACAUCACAGCGCGGUACUGCGAUUUUUUUGAGACAAGUUGAAGCCCGUAGACAGAGUAUCAUACCAGUGGAGUGUACGAGUGAGUUACCGGUAUACGGUAUGAUACACACCCCUGUGAUGGAUAUAGGCACGGGUGGGUAGGUCGGGGUUUUUUUGCCAUGAUGUGAUGCCAUGGCUUGCAGUAAUCUCGUGGUAGCCCCUCCGCCGCCCCCCGCCCCGGAAGGUGAGGGUGUGUAUGAUAUUCGCGGAUGCAUCGUACUUGUACAGUACUCGAGCGCGCACAGUAUGAACUACGGUAAGGUAUUCAGAUCUUGGUUAUAUCCGUCGGGGAGGGGGGGAUACAAGUACUCGAGUAGAUAUAACUGUGCCGUAGUGUUUUGC